GCCGCCGCCGCCGCCGCCGCCGCCGAACUUCGCGAGCUUCUCCUUGCCCGCGGCCAUGAGCUCCGCGAGGUCCUUGCCCUCGACGCCGGCCAGGAACCUCUUGAGGUCCGCCGCAUCCACAUCAACGCCGACCUUCUCGAGGGCCGCCGUCACGUCGGCGGCCGACGGGCUGUCGUUGCCGCCCAUGACGAGCAUCAGAUAGGUCGACACGUACUUCAUCGUCUCCGCGUAGCUACGUCGGUGGCGGUCUGGUCCCGUCGCGCGGAGCCAAACGUGUUUAAGCCGGUGACGGACCUGCGUUGCGAAGCGACGGUGAGCGUGUGCGGUCGCGGCGAUGGCGUCUCGGCGAGGCGUCUCGGCGGGCCGACGGUGAGUGCCGUCUGCCGCUCGCGCUGCUUUUAGCCCCUCUCCGCUCGAUGGCGUCCAGAGGGCUUUAUACGGCGAGCGAGCGGCUGAGCUUCGCACCAAGGCUGCACACGGCUCGAAGGAAACGAUACUGAGAGCACCGGCUGCUCACAGGAUGUAGCGACGACGCUGGGGCGCACAAAAAGUCAAGUUUUGGUGAGCCUCGCUGUCAAGCGUGCGGGGUUGUGCGCGAGCUCCGUUGGCCCGCUAAGAGUCAUAAACCGAUGCCUCCCGAUGCGAUGGGAGCGUCUCCGUGUGUUUUUGUGUCUGACCCUAGCGGCUGUAAGACACUAGGCAUCCUGAGCUAGCAGGCGACGAGGCUCUGAUAACUCGCACUAUUUGCACCGCUCGUACCGUAGAAAUACGCA